GUUUUUUUUUGUCUCAGUCAUGUUGCUAUAAAUUGUGUGUAUAUGUACAGAUAUACACACAUGCAUGGAUUUGGAUACCUGGGUGAUAAGUGAUGGGAUUUUACUGUAUUCAGAAGCUUAAAUUAUCCGUAAGUUCCUGAAACGGUGCCUGUAAGUGUGGAAAAAAAUUGUGGGUACAAAUGAAGACUGUGUGUAAGGUUAGGCUGGAAUGCAAGACCCCCCCCAGUGGCUUCAGGAAUCAGAUAUGCAUAGGAGCAGAUGGGAGCAGAAGGAGCUCUCCUUCGUACAGUUCAGGUUUCUUGCUUUCUUCCCAUGUCUACUUUCUAAUUUCAGGUUAGGCCAUAGUUUCAAUAGUCAAUCUCCAAACACUAUAUCUACAUAACACUAACAGGCAUGCUAAGGGUUGCAGCCUACGUCUUAAACCAAAUCUUUCGUAUGUUACCUUGAGCUUCAGGAAGGCUGCUGCAAGAAGAGAGGUCUGUAACUUUGCUAACCAGGUUUGAUAAGUAUCUUAAUCUUUAAUUUCUGAUGAGAAGAUCAAAUUGUGAUAGCCUUACUUUUUUCAGAGGUCACUAUUCGUGUCAGAAAAUGUGACCAUGGUUUGGCCUGGAAUUUGAAUGUGCUGUGUAUCAGAUAACUGUUAUCACGUGGCUGCAGAGGAGAAUAUAUACAUUUCAUGUAAUUUCUUCUGCUCUCGAAAGACAAAUAAAAGUGAGCACCUGACACUUUUCCCCCAGGCAUUGCAGUAAGCGACUGGAAGUUUUUAUGUCCUUCUGCAAAUUUUUUUGUGAUGGACAAGAAUGAAAGUGGAAAAUAAGUGAGAACUUGAUAAGUAGCAGUACCUCAGAAAUGAAGUCUUAUCUAUAAAGUCCCAUCAGAUAUAUUUUGGCUUGACCUGAGGGGAAGUUCUGAGGCAGGUAUUGUGAAUGUAAAACUUUACAGUGUGUAUCUGGCUUCUAAGUUCUCACUCCUGCUAUGUACAUUGAGGAGCUCAAGUUCUUUCAUAUCUCUUUUCUCCCCCUCCUCUCCCAGUUUGCUUUUCUAAAAACAAAUCUGAGUUUGGUUCUAUAAAACUUUGGUGCCUAAAAGUGUUCAGAAGAAGGGUGAGUAAGUAUCUGUGUACAUCUUUUGAGGUGGUUGGUUCCUAAAUUCUACCAGAAAUGAUAAAAACAAUGCUCAGACAAUCUUGUUGCUGCGUGAGAACAACUGCCAUUUCCCACAGGUGUUGGCAGGGCAAACCGUCGGAUGAGAACAUUUUUACCUUCAGUUAAGCUUUGUGAAUAAUUUUUCCUGUUGCUAUAGGUAUGUACAAAGAGAAGAAAAUGAAUAGUGUAAAUAAUAAAAAAAAAACUUUACCAGAACAUGUAGGUUUUUCUACUUCAUGGAACAGUCAGCACUCUGUGCCAUCUCCACAGCCCCACAGUCGCUUCCUGAGGCCACCGUGGGAACAAAUGUGUUGGCCAGGCCUUUGCCAGCUUUGUUUGGGUGGUGGCAUCUCUUGAGUUAGAGUUUGCAGAACCAAAGCAAGCAGAGUUUGGAUGUGAUACAGACGAUCAUAUUUCUGCCAUCUUUGUGCCAUUUCUCUUCCUGAAAACCAAUCAAACCUAAUCAAUUUUUUAAGUAUAUUUGCUCCUUAUGUCUGUUGGCAGGGUCCAGUGAUGAUAACCAUUCUCUCAAAGGUUACAUGUGUCCAAGCGAUUGGUUUUGCUUUGGAGUGUGCUGGUGAUCAGGCAGCUGGCAUGCUUGGCUGUAUCUCACCACUGCCAGCUUGUUGGUUGGGGUACUCUCUCGAAGUCAAAUGAGACAAUUUGCCAGUUGUUGCUAUCACAAAUGGACCUCUUGGUAGUGAAGGAUGCUACACGAUGUGCUCAGAGGCAUCUUGUGUUUUUAAGGCAAGCAUCUCAUAUUACAAAAAAACCCAAACUUUUACAGCUUUUAGCCAGGUAGUAGCUGCCCUCCCUCCAUCGGUCUCCCUUAAGGCAGUGAUAUAGCAGGCAGAGGAAUAAUUGCAGUGCAUGAGGUUAUGUUAUUGAAGUCAAGAAAAUAAGUUUACAAAGGGGAUGAGCAAGUAAUUCUGACAUGUAAGCACCUGUUAGGUAUAAACGUGAAAAUUCAGCAGUGAUCAUAAUCAUUGGGAUUUUACCGGGGGCUUGUGUUUACAAAGACAUAGCUGUUGGGGCACCCCGGAGUGCAGUGCUCACCCACACUGGUGAUGUAGGCUGGGGAUUCCCUGCCCGUGUCCCUGUGACACCAAGCAGCGUCACCUUGAGCUUGCUGGUGGCAAUGAGGGAGGGCAGCUGCUGUGCCAGAAGCCAGGUUCUGAGCCAGGAGGUGGCCAGCUGGAGGAUGGCUACUGUGUGCCACGUGGCAAGGAACAGGUUGAGGUGUGCACCUGGAGCCCAAGGAGCCCGGCACAGGAGUCAGGGUUGGCAGCGGUUGGAGUCACGUAAUUAGAAGACGACGGCUGAGCGUCGCGCAGCGACCGCUGUUGCUGUGGAAGAAUGGCUGCAAAGAGAAAGGAGGCGGUCCUUCAGAUGAACGUCAAUAGCCAGGAACUUUGGGAGGAAAUGCUGUGUCUUGAAGGCCUCAUUGUUGUUGAUGCAUAUCAAGCCUGGUGUGGCCCAUGCAAAACAGUAGUGGAUCUUUUCCGAAGAAUAAGGAAUGAAGUCAGCAGUGACCUUCUGCACUUUGCUGUGGCUGAAGUUGAUUCCGUUGAUGCUCUGGAAAAAUACAGAGGAAAAUGUGAGCCCAUCUUUCUCUUCUACACAAGAGGAGCAAAUGCCCCAUUGCUGCAGAAGACCAUUCUGAAACAGCUGGCAGUGGGAAGGAAGGCUUUGGAGCAUGGAGGAGAGCGUUUGGUGGCUCACGUCCUCGACGCUCCCUAGUCCAGUUUCGCUGCCGCCGUCCCGGGGCAGCCGCGCACUUCCCAAUAAACCGCUCCGUUCCAUCGCCUCCUCCCCUCGGUUACC